AUGCCUGAAUCUUCACAUAGUCUAGAGGCUGGGAAUUAUGCAUCAGGCUCCAGAUCUUCCGGUGACCAAGAUUUCACAGAGAAAUUUUCUCUAGGAAGAAAGGGGACUGUCAUGUUUAUUGCUCUCACUAUCUUGACUCUGAUGGUUGCUUUAGAUGGCACAUCCAUAUCCGUUGCUUUACCCAUCAUUUCAAAGGAUCUUGGUGCAACAACCGUUGAAGCCUUUUGGGGGGGGGGACGUCCUUCCUAUUGUGCUCAACCGCCAACCUUCGCAUCUCUAUCGAACAUAUUCGGUGAAAAGGCUUUGAUGCUCCUAGCUUUGGUGUUCUUUUUCGUUAGGGCGGCUGUUGUAGGAGCCAGCAAUGAGUUCGCCAUUUUACUCAUUGGCCGAUGCAUUCAAGGAGUUGGUGGCGGCGGCAUCAUUUCCCUCGCCGAAAUCAUCAUGACUGAUUUGAUGCCUCUGCGAAUCCGUGGAUUAUACUUUGCAUAUCUAGGAUCAGCAUGGAGCGUUGGGUCUGUUAUAGGACCAGUACUAGGAGGAGGCUUUGCUCAAAAGGCUAGCUGGCGGUGGAUCUUCUAUAUCAAUCUCCCGCUCGUUGGCAUUGGGGCAAUUCUCAUCUUGAUAUUCCUUGACCUACGACUUUUCGGAAGGAAAGCUUCUAGCAAAGCUGUGCAUCGUAGACUACGGUGGCUCUGUCAUUUUUUGGUACCUCUCGUUUUGGGUGUUGUUGGUCUAGUGACCUUUGUUCUAUACGAAAGCUAUGUGGCCAAAGAUCCUAUGAUACCAUACUCUGUAUUCCAGGAUCGUACUAUCUCCGUGAUGUACAUCUGCACCAUUUCCCUCGGCCUGAUCAUUUGGUGUACUCUGUACUACAUCCCCCUUUAUUACGAGGCAGUCCUCGGAUAUGACCCAAUCAUCGCGGGCGUCGCAAUGUUCCCAGAGACAUUCACCAUCGCCUCUAUCACCACAGUCUCGGCUAUCAUCAUGACAAAAAUUGGCAGAUACAGAUGGGCUGUUUGGUCUGACUGGAUGAUCACUGUUCUCGGGCUUGGCCUGCUUGUCCUUCUUGAGACUGACAGGAGCAUUGCUCAAUGGGUCUGUCUUAACCUGGUUCCAGGCAUUGGCCUCGGUCUUGUGAUUACAUCAAUGGGGUAUGGCAUCCAAGCCGCAUCGUCUUCGGAAAAUCUACCAAUAGCAGUGGCGAUGUUUAGUUUCUUUCGGGCAUUGGGUCAAGCCCUUGGUGUUGCUAUCGGGGAGGCCAUUUUUCAGAACAGGAUGGAAGCCAACCUCCCCAAAUAUCACAUCCCUCAAGAUCUGGUCCAUCUUUAUAUCAAAAAUGCUGCAAGUGCGGUUGUGGCCAUCAAGUCCAUCAAGAAUGACCACAUUAAAUUGUCCAUUCAGCAGGCUUACACAGAUAGCCUACGUACUGUGUGGAUUAGUUGUUGUGCCAUCGCUACAUGCUCUUUCCUUUUGACUGUUCUUAUUCAACAUCAGGAUUUUGACAAGAAGCAAGUUUCAUCUCAGAAUCUACGAACGGUGGAGCGGGAUAAUUGA